AUGUCAUCCGAGUCUUACGUCACUGACCGGAAACUCCAAGCCAUCAAAGAUGAAAUCCAUACAAACGAAACAAUGCAACUUUUGGUCAAACAGAUACAAGAUGGAUGGCCAGAUCAUAAGAUACUGGUUCCAAGUAGGUACAACCUUACUACCCAUAAGGCCCAUAACAUCCUCAUUCCACCAUCAUUGCGAGCUGACACCCUCCAAAAACUCCACCAAUCACACCAAGGAAUUGAGAAGACAAAGAGAUUGGCUAGGGAGAGCAUAUUCUGGCCAGGUAUGAAUUCCCAGAUUGAAGAAUUAGUGUCGAACUGUUCCACAUGUCUUCAUCACGCCAGUGCCAACCAACGAGAACCACUUCAUCCACAUGAAAUUCCCAGUCGACCCUGGCAAAAAGUCGGCACUGAUCUUUUUGACUGGAAUGGAAAACCGCAUCUAAUAGUCGUUGACUAUUACAGCCGAUACCCUGAAGUUUCUGAACUUCGAAACAUGAAAGCACGGACAGUCAUCAACAAGACAAAGUCCAUAUUCAGUCGACACGGAAUCCCAGAAAGUGUAGUCUCCGAUAACGGCCCACAGUACUCAUCCGAAGAGUACAAACAGUUCGCUAACGACUACAACUUCAUCCAUAACACUAUCAGCCCGAGAUACCCCCAAUCUGGUGGUCUACGUGAAAAGACAGUCCAAACAGUCAAGAACCUUCUUGAAAAAUGCAAAGUCGCCAAUCAAGACCCAUAUCUCGCGUUGUUAGAUUACCGCAACACCCUUAUAGAUGGCGUCACCCCAGCACAAGCCCUAAUGAGCAGACGACUCCGCUCACCCCUUCCCAUAUCCCAAAGAAAGCUUAAUCCAAAACCUGUCAACAGAACCACUUUCCACGCAGCACGUCAACAACAGCAACAACAACAGAGAAAACACUAUGACCGCACUGCUAAGUCUCUGCCACCAUUAGAAAGAGGUGAUGCAGUGAGAUUUAAGAAAGAUCCUCAAGCAGCAUGGACCCGUGGGAUGGUGAUACGAAAGCACGAAGCACCACGAAGCUACGUAAUAAAGGGUGAGAACGCGACGGGACGUCUCUCCCUCCUCUCUUGGACCUCGCGCGCCGCUUCGCGGCGAGCUCGAUCUCGUCGCUUCGCGACUCCAACUCUAGAGAGACGGACUUGAUCCAAGUCUAACGAAAGACUAGAGAACAUCAAGCUGACCUAGACACACCGGAUAUUGAGGAUCCCCAAGACCCGAUCCCACAACCAACAACCAAUGCAGAAAGAAACAACAUCCAAAUCCCAACAGCGCCAUACCCACCUCAACUGAAGACAAGCCGUUAUGGCAGACGGAUAAACCAGAAUCCGAACUACAAGACGUGA